AUGAGGUCUAAUUCGAUAGCUGAUGUUGUCAACCCUCGUGAAUUCCGAUCGUUUUGCUUCCGUGGUGAGGGUAGGGCGAACUUUGUGAUCAGUGCCAAACACUCCUCUUCAGGUAUAAGGAUUGUUUGGAGGUUUGCCAAGGCUCGAAAGAGUGGCCUCAUAACAUGGAAGGCAAAGAGCGAAUUAGUCAAUCAGUACAUGGAGAGGAUGGUUUCUCCAUUCUUCGAUUCUGUCUUUCUCGUGAACCCGAAAAUCAUCGAAAUGAGAGUAGAGGAUGUUCAUCAACUAGCAAAGAUACCUUCGCUUCCUGCAAACCUGAAAUUGGAGAAAUUCGACGAACUUUUAGCCCUUCCGAGCGACAUGUCGUUUUUGCCACUGACUAAUAUACCUCGAAAUGUGGUCAGAAUAUCUGCACUUGAAAUGCUGGAUGCAACAAGAAUACCGAAGCACUUGAUUUCCUACAUAGGACCAACAAUUACGGUGGAGAUAAAGCCAAAGCAAGGAUUCUUCCAAAAUCAUCUCUCCAUUGAUCUCCCGUAUUGCAACAACUGUAUAUUACAGCUUGAAAAAUGUGGAUCGGACCACUACGAAGAAAUGUAUGACUUCUGCCCUCUCAACUUGUAUUCUGGGAAUUUUUCGAGAAUGAAGUCUGCCUUAGAGGCUCUGCUGAAGGUCCCGCAUAGAAAUCUACGCCUUUUCAUUGAUGGAAAUCUAAUACAUUCUGAUGAGUCUCUUCUGGAUCCUACACUUUUUACGCCAACUCUAUUUCCUAGUGGACAAGGGAACGCUGAUGAUUUGAUGACAGCUUUGUGUUUGGUGUUGGCUGGUUGCGAAGACAUCCGUGAUUUUUCUCUGCGGGACCAUUCAGUUCUGGGUCAGAUUUUGACCGCACAGAAAAUUGAUUCUGUGGGAAUACUGAGAGCACAUCAAAUCUUCCAGAGUUUAUCAGCUGUCGUGCAGAAAGAACUGCUCGACAAAAAUAGACUCCCUAUUAGAGGGUUGGAAGUGCUGGAAGCCACGGACGAGCGUGCACUCUUGGAGAAGUAUCUCUUGGCAGCGACAAUGAAGGAUUGUUCUAUAAUGGCUUCUUUCCGGCUUGUUCCAUCUGGUACAUAUCGUACGGCAUCUAGUGCUGACGAUCCGCAAAUGAUUAAGCUAGCCAACGGUUUAUGCUUCGCCUACUCGGUGAAAAUAGUUGAUUUGGACCCUAAGAGUCCAAAGAAUCUAGUGAACGCCUUCGGCAGAUUUAUGGCUGGUGUGAAAUUAAUUCGCUUAGAUUCCGUUUCGAGGCCACCCUGUAUCAAUUGUCCUUAA